AUGGUGGGGGAAAGGGAUCUCAUUGGAAGCUGUGACUCCAACUUCAAGACUCACCCCUUCGAUCCGUGCAACCUGUGCCGCAAGAGCCGGAUCAGGAUGGGAUUUAAGAAGAGAGAUUUGCCUAAGACGUCGCAACUGGGCAGUGUCAUUUCCUCCAUCCUCACUUUCUGCUGCGGCGGUAGUGAUCCCCUGUUGACAUUGGCCUCCUACCUCAACUGCCUCACCGGGCGGACUCCAAGGACGACAGGGGAGCUGGUCUCGUUCUUUCACGAUUUUGGCAUAGAGUUGCACGGUUAUGCUUUGAAGUCGUUGUCUCCACUGUGUAUCUCUCUUUCCGCUUCACAUCCCAACAGUCCCGAAUGGGACCGUCUUGAUGGCACCGGCCUAGAUACUGUCGCAUCCGUGGUUCCGAGUCUCUCAACUCAACGCAUGACCAUCUGA